AUGGGAUCGGCCGAAUCGUCCGAAUCCACCAACCGUUCGUCUUUAUUGGAUGAAUACGCUCAACAAGACCUCGUAAAUCAGCUUAGAGAUCUCUCUUUUUAUCGUGCCAUACAACAAGACGGCCUUGUAGGGGUAAGAACAACGAUAGUGAUGAGAGAGAUCGGAUGACAAACUUUUUUGUUAUCUUCCUCUUUUGGAGAGAACAAAUUUAUUUUGUCGAACUUGUAUUUUGUAGUUUGAGUGGUUCGAGUUUGUGCUGUUCCCCAUUCUAAUCAUCAUCUUUAAGGAAGCUGGUGAGGUCGAUGAAAUGGACCCUGGGUCGUCGGAAGAUGUGAAUGAUACUUGUUGCUACUCAGUAAUCGCUUCUUCAGUUGAUGCCUUGAGAAAGGUACAUAUCAUGACCCUUCGCAUUACUUGUUUGUGCGCUUUUCUACAAAGUUGUUUUAGAGUUACGGAGAAUUAAUAGCGGACACGUCGUUACGAUGCGGGACGUUUGACGUACGUAAAUGCCGCAGACAUCGACAACUGUACUCAACGCUCGUUGAGAGAGAAUUGGGGGCACGUUGGAGACCAUGUUGUGGUCGGCAGCCUUACAAACCGGGGGUCAGCGGAAUAUCUCCUGGUCAUAAAACCGAAUUUAGCAACCGGUAAGACCGUUUAUUAUUCAGAAAGAUUAUUUUUAGGUACGCACCGAACUACCGUAACCGGAUCGAUACAAUACGAUCCAAAACAUUCUGCGCUUCACAUAUUGGAAAUGGUGAUAAAGUUGUAACCGCCAGUCAAGAUCAUAAAAUAAGAAUCUAUAGGAGAACUUCGCAAGACAGUUACAGCUUGCAUAAAACCAUCGAUGUUCCUUAUGUUGGUUGGAGUAUAUUGGAUGUUAUUGUAAGUCCGGAUGGUCGAGAUCUUGUGUAUUCGACAUGGAACGAUGCGAUGUAUCAAUGCUCGUUGGAAGGAACGGCUGACAAUUGGUUGCCAUUACGAGUAGAGGCACAAGAGUCGAGGUAUAACGACUUCAUCGUAUUAUUUCUAAUUUUAGAUUCGCCCUUUUCUCAAUCAGAUUCAAUGCUUCCGGUACAGAAAUAGUCGCAGGAUCCACUGACCGUCAUAUGUAUAUAUAUGACAGAGAGACGUUAAAGUGCGUUUUGGCAGUGAAUGCACAUGACGAUGAUGUGAAUGCCGUUUCAUUCGUAGAUCACAGCUCUCAUCUAAUAUUGACAGGAGCUGAUGAUGGACUUAUAAAGGUAAGACCUUUUUGUUAUUGAACUUACAAUUUAGGUAUGGGACAGACGGACAAUUGAUUCGGGUAUCAGAGCCGAACCAGUUGGAGUGAUGGCCGGACAUUUCGAUGGAAUUACUUACAUCGAUUCUCGAGAGGACGGGCGAUAUUUCCUCUCCAAUUCCAAAGACCAGUCUAUCAAGUUGUGGGAUCUUCGACAUACUGCAUCGCAAGCAGCUGUGGUGAGUCGGCUAAUUCCAUUUUAAAUGAACCUUCAGAAAAAUACACUGGACUCCGUUCAAAAUCAGCAAUGGGAUUAUCGGUAUCAGAGAGUACCCAAUGACAUGAGACGAGAGCCUAUGGACGGGGAUUGCUCAGUACUGACAAUGAGAGGUCACUCCGUUUUACACACGUUAAUCAGGGCCAAAUUUUCACCGGAAUCUACAGGACGACGUUAUGUUUACACUGGAUGCGCUACUGGGAGCUGUGUAGGUAAGUUGGAAAAUUUAAGUACUAAAUGCCAUUUAGUGUACGACAUACUCGACGGAAAGAUAAAAGGGAAGUUUGGAGGACACCAAAGUGUUGUACGAGAUUGUUCGUGGCAUCCGGAGCAGAAUGAAAUAGUUACUGCCUCCGUAAGUUCUCCAGAAUGGCACAGAAUUCCGAGCUUUUUUGCUGCGACUGAUCGGUCCCGCUUUUCGCUCAAAAUGACAACAAGCCUGCGCGCAUCAGCUGAUAACUAUCUAGCCUGAAAAUGAAAAAGGGUAAAAAUUGGUUUUUAGACAGAGUGAAAAAGACCUACCCUACAGGGUAUACCCUGGUAUUCAGCUGGCGCGCAGCCCGGUUGCCAUUUUGUGCGAAAUGCGACCGAUCGGUGGCGGUAGAGAAGCUCGGAAUCCUGUGGAUGGUAAUAAAUUAUUUUAGUGGGAUGGAUCAACUAUGUUUUGGAAUUAUUGCUCGUCGCCGGAGAAACGUUCAAUGAAUAUGUUCAGUAGUCCGAAAAUCACAAAGAAACGAAAAAGGAGAUAA